AUGCCAUUGGUAGAGCAGAACACAUCAAUGUUUACUUUAUUAUUGUCUCCGUGGGGGUAUGCAAUAGAUUUUCUCGACAUGAGAAACCAAUUGUUUUGUGGGGGAUUAAUUUUCUUUCUGGGUUUAACAAUUUGCCAUGCGGAAGUGCUCACAUCAUAUGAACGAAGUUUCACACCUUACAGUAAGAAUCUUAGUUGCUAUGUUUGCGAGCCGACAUCGAUGAAUUUAACAGGAAGAACCCAUGUGCAAUGGGAAAUUGAGAAUAAGAGAUGCGAGGAGCCGGGUGAAGAUCUCAUUGAGAAAUGUGAAGAAACGGAAAAUUUCAAGCCACGGGGCUGCGGAAAGUUGGUAACAAAGUCUUAUCAGCAAAUCAACUUUGGUGGUGAAAGAGAGGUAGUACUUGUUCGACGAUUUUGCUCAAGUUCUGGAAUGAAUAAAGAAGAGCAGAAAUGCAUCUCAACAAUGUCCCAGGGACGAUGGACUGAAGUCUGCGUUUGUGGAGGCAAUGCAUGCAACGGUGCUGAAGGUUAUCCGAAAACCACCAUUUUAUCUCUUGUCUGUCUUACCCUAACGGCUGUCGCAAAAUUUAGUUUGCUUUAA